ACUGCCAAUUGUGCUCGCUCUGUGUCUGAAUCAUCAUCAUCAUCAUCAUCAACAAUCGAAAUUCCCGAAUUCUGGGAAAGAAAGUUGGAAGACACUCCAAUGGCGCCUCAGCUUCUCUCCUCCAGUAACUUCAAAUCUCUGUUUGACUCUGUCGACACUUUCCUCUUUGACUGCGAUGGUGUUAUAUGGAAAGGUGAUACGCUCAUCGAUGGCGUCUCUCACACUCUCGACUUACUCCGUUCUAAGGGUAAAAAUGUUGUGUUUGUGACCAACAAUUCGAUGAAAUCGAGGAGACAAUACGCUGAGAAAUUCCGAUCUCUGGGUCUCGCUUCUGUUACUCAGGAGGAGAUUUUCUCUUCGUCAUUUGCGGCAGCUAUGUACCUCAAAGUCAACAAUUUCCCCAAGGACAAGAAGGUAUAUGUGAUCGGUGGAGAGGGCGUUCUUGAGGAGCUGCAGAUUGCCGGUUUUACUGGUCUUGGUGGUCCUGAAGACAAUGAAAAGAGGGCACAAUGGAAAUCGAACUCUGUCUUUGAACAUGAUAAAGGCGUGGGAGCAGUUGUGGUCGGACUAGACCCCAACAUAAACUAUUAUAAACUUCAGUAUGGGACCCUCUGUGUACGCGAGAAUCCGGGAUGUCUUUUCAUUGCGACCAAUCGUGAUGCAGUUGGACAUAUGACGGAUCUGCAAGAGUGGCCUGGUGCUGGUUGUAUGGUGUCUGCAAUGUGUGGAUCAACUGAUAGAGAACCAAUAGUGGUCGGGAAACCAUCUACUUUCAUGAUGGACUUUCUGCUACAGAAAUUUGGGACAGAAACGUCAAGAAUGUGCAUGGUGGGUGAUAGGCUAGAUACUGAUAUCUUGUUUGGGCAGAACGCUGGCUGCAAAACUCUCCUCGUCCUAUCAGGGGUGACAAGUGAAUCUAAUUUACUAGACAAGGGUAACAAGAUUGAACCAGACUAUUACACAAGCACGGUCUCUGAUAUCAUUAAACUGAUGUAGUCCCCCUUGUAAGUAAGAGCAUCAUCACCUUGCUUUACCUUGAAACAGUAGUCCAUGUCCUGUUAUUGCGUAUGGCAAGAUGAGAUUUCUGAUUUUUUUUGCUCUUUGUUAAUAAUCAAUCUGGUGAUCCAUCCAUCAUCAGAAAACAAGGCCUGCUAGCUUUUAAUAAAGGCUGAGUUGAAUACAUUUGUUGUUAUGUUUCUGAAUGAAGGAUCUGAACAAUUUGAAUGAUUGAAAAGAAAA